ACAAGAGCGGUAUGCAAACAAGGAAGGACAAGGAGAGGGGCUUUCCCAUCCUCCUAAGUCUCCCCACCUUCCCUUGUUGCCUUUUCCCAGAGUGUCACAAUGUCUGCCUCGGUUCCAUUCUACAUAUACGUAUUUUCUUGCCUUUGUAAUCAGUUGACGUUGUGAAGUACAGAGGAGUGUGAUAUCUUUAGCUCCGAGCUCUCCAUAAGCCCCAAACAUGUCUCCUCCCGAGCCAUUCUACCCCCAACACGAGUGCAAGUUGCCCCUCUCGUCGACUUACUCCGAGACGACUUCGGAGGAUGAGCGUCCUCCGCCUGUUCCAGCAGGGACGGUCGAGGUGUCGAAGUCUACACAGAAGAAGAGGAAGAGGAAGAGAAUGAGGAGAAAUAGCACCUCCGAGCGCCAUCUCGUGGACAAGAGUUCAAGGCGGAGUGACGACGACGGCGUCCCGGCGGCUGCUGCGAUGAUGGUGAGGAAUUCGCUGAGGAAGCUGGGCUAUCAGCAGCAGCUGGACGGGUUCAAGAUGGUGGUUGAGACGCUGCAGCAGAUCCACAGAAAAUAUGUCGAUAGUGCUGAUAAGGUGUAGCAAACCGGUUUCGGUUGUAUCGACCUCUGUAACUCGCUAGAAGCCAAAAAAGUUUAUUUGGAUAAAGAAACGACGCAUUUCGACUUUAUAAAUCCAAGUAGAUCUUAUCUUGUACAUUUUAGUGUUUAGAUUUUUGGUUUCACAUUCCCAGUAUUUCAAGUGUUGGAGCGUGUAGAUUUUCUUGUUUUGAUUCAUAUAUUUUACGAAUUUAUGCUGAAUAAAGGAGCUUAGAACUCUA